UGAGGCGCAAUCUUUCCCACGGCUCUGUUCUCCCGCUCUCUUCCACGGUUCUUGUUCUCCGGCUGCUCUCUCUCUCUCUCUCUCUCUCCCCGCCAUGGCCAUCAUUGCUCAACCAGAGUUAAAGCUCUUCAAAAGCUCGUCGCUCCAAGGAGUUCUGCUCGGCAGGAAGGGCACUUAUGCACCGUUAUCUGUUAAACUUCGUGUCCACUUUUCCUUUAAUCCCAAGAUGAAGAACUCUCUAGUAGUUAAAGGAAUGUGUCCACAAAAUGCUGAUCUAGAACGCUACUAUUCAAAAAAGGAGAAGAAGCCAUUUCCAGUGCCCAUUGUCGAACUACGUCGUGCUGCAAGAGAAAGAAUUAAACGUCAAAAAUCUCUGCCUCGCAAGCCUAUUCCACCUCCAAAGAAUGGACUACUGGUUCGAAAUCUCAUUCCAGUAGCAUAUGAGGUGCUAAAUGCACGAACUACACUUUUAAACAAUCUUAGGAAGCUCAUAAAAAUUGUUCCUGUUCAUGCUUGCAAGGCUUGCACAGAAAUUCAUGUUGGACCUGUUGGUCAUCCUUUCAAAACAUGCAGAGGCCCACGAUGCGAGGCUCGGAAGGGAUUACAUGACUGGACCACCGCUAACAUCCAUGAUAUAAUUGUGCCCGUCGAUGCGUUUCACCUUUAUGAUCGACUUGGCAAGCGAAUAACCCAUGAUGAGCGUUUCUCGAUACCAAGAAUCCCAGCAGUGGUUGAGCUCUGCAUUCAAGCAGGUGUUGAUCUUCCUGAUUACCCAACCAAAAGAAGAAGAAAACCUGUCAUCCGGAUCGGAAAAAGUGAGUUCAUUGAUGCCAACGAAGACGACCUGCCAGAUUCACCACCACCAAAUUCUCCUGCUUUAGUCCUUGAGGAGGUCCACAGCGAGCCCAUCCUCCCUUCCACCAUGGCGGAGAGAGUUCUUCUUGCAGAAGAAACACUCAAGAUGUGGGGUGUUAUGAGACAUGGUGCAGAGAGGCUAAUGAAGAAGUAUCUUGUGCGCGUCUGUGGCUACUGUCCCGAGAUCCAUGUUGGGCCAAGUGGUCACAAAGCUCAAAAUUGUGGAGCUUAUAAGCACCAACAACGCAAUGGCCAGCAUGGCUGGCAAGCAGCCGUCCUUAAUGAUCUGAUACCACCAAGGUACGUCUGGCAUGUACCAGAUGUUAAUGGGCCUCCACUGCAACGUGAGUUGAGGAGUUUCUACGGGCAAGCACCUUCUGUGGUAGAGAUAUGCAUUCAGGCUGGCGCUGAGAUACCAGAUGAGUAUAAGCCUACAAUGAGGUUAGACAUUGGAAUUCCUAGUGAUGCCAGGGAAGCAGAAUUGGUUAUUUGAGUCGAAGGCUGAGCACGCAAUACUGCUAACGAAUUACUCUCCACCUGUAAGGCUGCAUUGCAGACGGAAUAUGAGAUAUAUUUGCAGGCCUUGCUGAACAAUGACCGCUGGAGUUCGAUCAGUAAGAGGGACUGCGGCUUGUGUUGGCGAAGAAGGUUAAGAUUACUCACACCAAUGGAUCAGGAUCUGUGAGCCUGGUCACAGUUUUAGUCUCCUGUGUUGUAACUGUCAUCAUGUUCCUUUGUCAGACUAUGACGCUUAGAUGUUCAAUUAUAAGUAAGGUGGUGAUACGCCAGAAUGGAGAUGACAGCUGCAGGUCAGGGCUGCUGAUACUUUUACAAGAAAUUUUCCUUUUUUGCCUUCUUAUUUCUGUAAAUAUCUGUCAUAUCAAUGCAAGUCAUAGUUCUUUAAA